AUGUCAGUGAUGCACCUCCAAAAACAAAUUUAAAGACACCAGAAGAGGGUUUUGUUGCUCUCUUGAGUUUCACUUCAUGUUUUCUUCCUGAUUCUGUGGAGCAGGACAGCUUUCUAACGUCUUAUUACAGCACCACAGGACGACGGACACCAUUACUGCAAAUGGCCCUCCGGUGGCUGAGCUGCAGUUCUGCUUUGGUAAUCUUGGUCUGCAUCCUCCCAGCUGACAUGCAGUCCUGCACCGGAGGAAUCCCUGGGAUCCCUGGGAUACCCGGUACCCAUGGGCCCAACGGCAAGGAUGGCCUAAAGGGAGAAAAGGGAGAUCCAGGUGAAGAGGGUCAUCCAAUUAGGGGUCAGAAAGGGGUUCCAGGUCUGCCGGGCCCACCAGGCCGGCCUGGUAUGAAGGGGGAUGUGGGUCUGCCGGGCCCUGUUGGAUAUCCGGGCCGGAAAGGAGAAAAGGGAAGACCCUUCAACCCUUCCAGCAAGCAAAAAUCCUUCUUCUCCUACCGACGGGCCAUCUCAAAUAUACCAGAGUAUAACACUGCUGUUAAGUUCAGCAGACAGAUUUUGCCAGAGUUGGACCCACAGUUUCAAGGAGAAACGCUGACAAACGGGACGUUCCAGUGCACGACUAAAGGCGUGUAUUUCUUCAGUUACCACAUAUCAGCAAAGAGCAGAGUGUGUCUGAAGCUGAUGAAGGGCAGUGACAGUCACAUGAUGCUGUGCGACAUCUCUGAUGGUUUUCUGGUUACAUCUGGCUCAGCGGUUCUGGAGCUGGAUCCCGGAGACCAAAUUUCUCUUCACCCAACCAAGUACAACGGUCUCUUGGCGACCCAGAGCAGCACCAGCCACACCUUCACCGGCUUCCUAAUCUUCCCCACCUCCUAAACCAAUCCAUGCACAGUCCAUUAGACUGCGGGACAUUUAAAGCAUCCAUCCAUCCAUUUUCUAUACCCGCUUCUUCCAUACUGGGUCGCAGGGGAGCUGGAGCCUAUCUCCAGCAGUCUAGGGGCGAGAGGCACAUUUAAACCAGUUAAAGAAAAUAUUUCAUCUUUGUGAAAACAGAAUAAUUGCCUGCAAUUAUAAAAGGUGGUUCUGUAUGUUUCAUUUGCAUAUUACAGCAUAUACUCUUUGACCCAGUUUAAAUAAAGUAAAACCAGUGA